AUGCCUAAGAAGUACAGCAAGCUGGCCAUACUUGAGGCCUUGGAAACUGCCAAGCAGUCACCACCAAAAACUUCACCAACAACACCAACCAUUGAAGCAACAGCAUCAACAGCACCGACCAUUGAAGCAACACCAUCAACAGCACCGACCAUCGAAGCAACACCAUCAACAGCACCGACCAUCGAAGCAACACCAUCAACACCACUGACCAUCGAAGCAACACCAUCAACACCACUGCCAACAGCACCGACCAUCGAAGCAACACCAUCAACACCACUGUCAACAGCACCGACCAUCGAAGCAACACCAUCAACAGCACCAGCCAUCGAAGCAACACCGACCAUUGAAGCAACAACAAAAAACCCAAGCACAGUAUCAACAACAAAAACAACAUCGUCAACAACAAGUACAACCGCAGCAUCAUCCCUGGUGAAUUCACAGCAGAAGAGUUGUUCAGAGAAAGGAAUAUCUUCAGAAAAAGAAACGGGAAGUGACAUCCAAACGAUUUCAAUAGGAGUUCUUAUCACGACGAACAUCAUUGUCCCCAUAGCUGUUUAUCUGUACAUGCGUUACCAGAUUCAACAGAUUCGAAACUUGAGGGAAGAAGAAGGAAUGACAGAGAUACAGCAAAACCCAUUUCCCACAGAUGUUGAAGAGGGUUCCAAUUUAUUAAUGACACCGAGAGUUCCAUCAUCAUAAAUUCACCUGAAAACACCAUAAUUUAAAGCCCUUGCCCAAAUAGAACACACCAUUAGAAGUUCUGAGCUGCUGAGAAUCUGGAUAAAUCUGGAUACGAGGAUCUGCCUUACAGAGCUUCGUAACAGUCCAGGUGAAGUAAAGGUGGUCUGUGAAGGCCUCUGCGCCCAAAGGUGGAUAAGCUUCCAAUGUGAAGAAGAGUGAGACCAAACAAGCCGCAGCAUGCCUGUUCAUGUAACUGCUCUGCAGUCGCACAUCAAGAUGGUUUUCUGUCCGCCUCAUGCAAAAGUUUUACUGCUGUGCUGGUUAUAAGUGACCAAGGUCUUGCCAGAAGAAGUGCGCUGCAGAAAGUCCAUUUAACACGAGCAAUAACGAGUUGGUUUUGGUCAUAUUUAGAAUAAUUUUAAACACAAAGACACACAUUAUGCAUGUAGUCAGUGAACAUAUAUAUAUGUGUGUGUGUGUUAAGUGUUCAACUGUGCAAAAAAAAAAAAAAAAAGUUACGUUUUUAUGGCUAAUGGACUAAUUGCCUAUGUUCAUGUGUGCAUAUUUGGGAAAAGGUUUGGUGGCUUUUUUUUUUUCCUUGUAUGUAUUAAGUAUGUGAUAAAGCUUCAGCUGAAAAGCUAAAGGUGC